CUCCAUUUAGUAGACCAAUUGCAAAAAAUGCUCCUGGGCAGAAAACAGAUGUUGCUUGGGAACAUUGCAAAGCAAUUGAUUCUAGCAAUAGAAAGCUACAAUGUAAUUAUUGUAGCAAAGUCAUAACCGGGGGGGUGUUCCGUAUGAAGCAUCACUUAGCAGGGACACAAAAGGAUGUGGGUGCUUGCAAAAGUGUUUCUGAUAAGUUGAGGCAAGAAAUGUGGGACAUUGUAGUUACCUCUAAAGAGAAAAGGCGAAAAGAGGAUGAAGACGAUGAUGAUGAUUGUGAAAAUGUUGGUUUCAAAAGAAAAAUCAAUGACGAGGUUGGUGAUGGAUCGAAUACUUUUUCCAAAAAAAGGGCGACCAAUCAAAGCACCAUUAAUAGCAUGUACAAGAAGAGUUUGAGAGAAGAUGCAUGUCUAGCAAUUUCGAGAUAUUACUUCAACAAUGCCAUAGCAUUCAACACGGCAAGAAGUGAAGAGUUUCGUAUCAUGUGUGAUUUGAUUGCAAAACAUGGACCCGGAUUCAAGCCACCGGUGCAUUACCUCUCAAUGAGGUGCUUCAUUUGGUUGAUUCUGAUGAGCAACCUGCCAUGGGAUUUCUUUACGAGGCAAUGGACCGAGCAAAAGAAAAGAUACAAGCAGCUUUCCAAAAUGUCAAGAAAAGUUAUAGGCCUUUGUGGAGUGUCAUUGAUCUCUGUUGUACCCGAGACCCGAGAUGUUGGUGAAGACCCAGGAGGUGAUGAAGUUGUUGCUGGCAAUAACUCCACGGAUGUUCCAACACAAAAUGGAGAAGAAGAGGCUCCUGGCAAUAACUCCAAGGAUGUUCCAACACAAAAUGGACAAGAAGAGGCUGCUGCAAAUGUUCAACCUGAACAUGAAGAGUAUGAACGCGGAGCUCCAAAGGCUCAACGCAGGAAUGGAAGCGCGUCCUAUGAUACAACGCUUGAGAGACCUAUACCAGCUCAGCCCCAAAACUCAGGAAUUGGAGAAGGUCAAUCAACUUCUAGGCCACAACUCUUUGAUGGCACCAACUAUUCCUAUUGGAAGGAACGGAUGAGAAUCUAUAUCCGUUCCACCAACUUCCAAUUAUGGUUGGUCAUCAAAAACGGAGAGGAAAUCCCAAUGAAGAAAGUAGGAGAAACCACGGUCCCAAAGACCGAGGACGAAUUUGAUGCCGAGGACAUCAAGAAGAUUGAGAAUUAUGCAAAGGCCAUCAAUAUGUUAUAUUGUGCGGUCAACCCCGAUGACUACCGAAAGAUCUCCUGUUGCACAACCGCCAAUGAGAUGUGGGAAAGGCUUGAAGUGACGUACGAAGGUACCGAUCAAACAUAUACCAACAAGGAUCUCGUAAGGAAAAUCCUGCGAAGCCUCACCCCCAAAUGGAGGUCAAAAGCCGAUGCAAUCUAUGAAUCCAUUGGAGUCUCCAACGUCACCAUCGACGGGCUAAGAGGUAAUCUUAAAACCUAUGAAUCUACUAUUCUAACCCCGUCUUUGGAUGAACAAAAGAAAAAGGGGAUAGCUCUCAAAGCAACCAAGGAACCGGUGGAAGAGGUUUCAAGCGAUGACGACCACGAAUUUGGACUUGUCAUCAAGAAGUUCCACAAGUUCAUGAAGAAGGAAUUUGAGCGGAAGGAAAGGAAGCACGACGGUCCUUCCAAGUGCUACGGCUGUGGCGAGAUUGGCCACAUCAAGCCAAGGUGUCCAAAAGCCAAACAUGGCAAGGACAAGCCCGGCUUCAAGAAGCAAAGGGCUUACAUCUCUUGGGGUGGCGAUUCCGAAGACGAAUCAACCGACCAAGAGGAGGACGAAGCUGCAAAUCUUUGCCUCAUGGCGCACGAAGAUCAAAACGACGACGUCCAAGAGGCGAGAAAGGCUAUUUGUGAUGAUCUUGCAGAUUCACUCGAAAGAUUACACGUUGAAGACGAUGAAGAAGACAUGCCAUUUUACACCAACCCGCAACCACAACCUGAGGAAACACCUCAAGUGAUGGUCGAAAAUGAGGACCAAGCGGACGAAGAAGAACAAGAGGAAACCGAGCUUCCCAUCGCUUGGAGAACGCACAAGAACCAUCCACUUGACCAGGUAAUCGGCAGCAUCAACCGCGGGAACAGCGCUGUACAAGGGCACAACAGCGCGGUCCUAGAACUUCUAUCUCUUUUCCUUUAAUUAUCAUGUCUUUUAUUGCUUCCGUUGUACUCCUCUAUUUCCCAAUUUUAAUAAAUAAAAUUAUCUUUUAUCUUUUUGUUAAUGUCAAAAGGGGGAAGAAAAAGGCUAUGCAUACACUAAGGGGGAACGCCUCUAACGAGACCGUUUGAUUUUAAACCCUACUACUUGUUUUAUAAGCACAAAUUAAGGGGGAACUGUUUC